AGACUCAAGUGAAUGACGAAGAUGAAACUUAAGAGAUUUGAGAUGCAGCCUGUGAGUGAGUUACUUCCUGCUCUCUGAGUCCCGGAUGACUCUUGAACAAAGUCUCUCUCUCUUCAGUGUUUCUGUGUAAGCUCUCAGACUGACUUCAGACCAGACCAUGAGUGUGUGUUUGGAGGAAGAGGAGGACAGAGCAGAGUCUCCUGGACCCAGCUGUGUGUCUCUGAAGUGUGACCGGACCAAAGAGGAUUUUCAAAGCUCCUGCACUGAACCUGGACCCUCAGACACACAAUUUCAGUCAAACAGACAGAGAGCAGAGUCUCCUGGACCCAGCUGUGUGUCUCUGAAGAGUGGCUGGUCCAAAGAUCAUGCUCCAGACUUCAGUCAUGAACCUGGACCCAGCUGUGUGUCUCAGAAGAGUGACUGGUCCAAAGAUGAUCCUCCAGACUUCAGUCAUGAACCUGGACCCAGCUGUGUGUCUCUGAAGAGUGACUGGUCCAAAGCUCAUGCUCCAGACUUCAGUCAUGAACCUGGACCUUCAGACUCACAGGGGAGGAAGAGGAGUCCUGUCUCUGUGGGGCAGCAGCCGUCCUGCUGUGCUGUGUGUCAGGACGUCCUGAAGGAUCCAGUCUCCAGAGCAGGACCUGGACCGCAGACAGCCAGUCAGACCAGCCCUGAACAAAAGCCUGGUGGUCUGCAGGAGGUUUUAAAGGAACACAAGAUCAGUCUGAGGAGGAGAUGUGAACAUGUGACUGAAGGAAGUGAUGAAACAGGAAGUAGAACCGUCCUCAACAGGAUCUACACUGAGCUCUAUAUCACAGAGGGACAGAGUGAAGAGGUGAAUACCCACCAUGAGGUGAGCCAGCUGGAGACCGCCUCCAAGAAGAAGAUCCUGCAGGACACUCCCAUCAAGUGCCAGGACAUCUUCAGAGCCUUACCUGGUCAACAGAAACCCAUCAGAGUGGUUCUGACAGUCGGCGUCGCUGGUGUGGGAAAAACCUUCUCAGUGCAGAAGUUCACUCUGGACUGGGCAGAGGGCUUGGAGAACCAGGACCUCAGUCUGGUGGUUCUGCUUUCAUUCAGGGAGCUAAACCUGAUCAGAGAUGAGCGGUACAGUCUCCUCCAGCUGCUCCAGGAUUUCCAUCCAACAUUACAGAAGGUCCCAGCAGAGACGCUGGCUGUCUGUAAACUGGUGUUCAUCUUUGACGGUCUGGACGAAAGCAGACUGUCUCUGGAUUUCAACAACACUCAGGUUGUCUCUGACGUCACACAGAAGUCCACUGUAGACCUGCUGUUAACAAACCUCAUCCAGGGGAAUCUGCUCCCCUCAGCUCUGGUCUGGAUCACUUCUCGACCCGCAGCGGCCAAUCAGAUCCCUCCUUCACACGUUGACAGGGUCACAGAAGUCCGAGGCUUCACUGACGCCCAGCAGGAGGACUACUUCAGGAGGAGGUUCAGUGAUGAAGAUCUGUCCUGCAGAAUCAUCUCACACAUCAAGACCUCCAGGAGCCUUCACAUCAUGUGUCAGAUCCCAGUCUUCUGCUGGAUCACUGCUGCAGUUCUGGAGCACAUGAUGACCACAGAGCAGAGAGGAGAGCUGCCCAAGACCCUGACUGACCUGUACUCACACUUCCUUCUAAUCCAGACCAAGAGGAAGAGGAGGAAGUACUCUGAGGGUCAUGAGAUGAGUCCUCAGGAGCUGAUGGAGGUUGACGGGGAAGUUCUCCUGAAGCUGGGCAGGCUGGCGUUUGAACAUCUGAAGGAAGGAAACAUCAUGUUCUACCCAGAAGACCUGGAGCGCUGUGGUCUGGAUGUCACAGAGGCCUCGGUGUACUCAGGACUCUGUACAGAGAUCUUCAAAAGAGAGUGUGUGGUCUUCCAGAAAACAGUCUACUGCUUUGUUCAUCUGAGUGUUCAGGAGUUCCUGGCUGCCGUCUACGUGUUCCACGAUUUCACGACCAGGGACUCAGAUGUUUCAACUCUGGCACACCGCCUGGAUGGAGCUAUGAGUACGGCCCUGAGAAGUAGAAACGGCCACCUGGACCUGUACGUCCGCUUCCUUCAUGGACUCUCUCUGGAGUCAAACCGGAGACUCUUAGGAGGUCUGCUGGGUCACACAGACAACAGUCCAGAGAUGAUCCAAAGAAUCAUCAACAACCUGAAGGAGAUGAACAGUUAUGAGAACUCUCCCGACAGAAGCGUCAACAUCUUCCACUGUCUGAUGGAGAUGAAGGACCUCUCAGUCCACAAGGAGAUCCAAAAGUUCCUGAAGUUAAAGAAAAGAUCAAAGAAGGAACUCUCAGAGAUCCAGUGCUCUGCUCUGGCCUACAUACUGCAGAUGUCAGAGGAGGUUCUGGGGGAGUUAGAUCUGGAGAAGCACAACACAUCAAGGGAGGGACGAUGGAGACUGAUUCCAGCUGUGAGGAACUGCAGGAAGGCUGGACUUUCAGGCUGUCAGCUCUCGGAGACUCACUUUGAAGUUGUGGCCUCUGCUCUGAAGUCCAACCCGUCCCAUCUGAGAAGUCUGAACAUGAGUGGAAACACAAAGCUGAAGGAUGCAGGAGUGAGGCCUCUGUCAGCUGGACUGGAGAGUCCUCACUGCAGACUGGAGACUCUGAGAUUAAGGGGCUGCGGUUUGUCAGAGAUCAGCUGUGCUUCUCUGGCCUCUGCUCUGAAGUCCAACCCCUCCCAUCUGAGAGAGCUGGACCUGAGUUACAACAAGGAGCUGCAGGAUUCAGGAGUGAAGCAGCUGUGUGGUUUUCUGGAGAGUCCACUCUGCAGACUGGAGACUCUGAGAUUGAUAUCCUGCAGCUUGUCAGAGAUCAGCUGUGCUUCUCUGGCCUCUGCUCUGAAGUCCAACCCCUCCCACCUGAGAGAGCUGGACCUGAGAAACAACGAGCUGCAGGAUUCAGGAGUGAAGCAGCUGUGUGAGCUUGAGGAGAGUCCCCUCUACAGACUGGAGACUCUGAGGCUAAGUGGAUGUAACCUGUCAGAGAGAAGCUGUGCUUCUCUGGCCUCAGUCCUCAGCCCUCAGUCCUCCAGUCUGAGAGAGCUGGACCUGAGUAACAACAUCCUGCAGGAUUCCGGAGUGACACUGCUUUCUGUUGGAUUGAGAAGUCCACAUUGUAAACUGGAAACUCUCAGUCUGACAGGGUGUCAGAUCACAGAGGAGGGCUGUGCUUCUCUGGCCUCAGCUCUGAGCUCCAACCCCUCCCUGAGAGAAUUGGACCUGAGUAACAACGACUUGCAGGAUUCCGGAGUAAAGCUCUUGUCUGCUGGACUGAGAAGUCCACAUUGUAAACUGGAAACUCUCAGUCUGUCAGGGUGUCUGAUCACAGAGGAGGGCUGUGCUUCUCUGGCCUCAGCUAUGAGCUCCAACCCCUCCCACCUUAGAGAGCUGGACCUGAGCUACAACCAUCCAGGAGACUCAGGAGUCGAGCAGUUGUCUGCUAGACUUAAGGAUCCAGACAGCAGACUGGAUACACUGAGGGUGGACCAUUGUGGAGAGCAGUGGUUAAAACCUGGACUGAAGAAGUAUGUCUGUGAACUCACUCUGGACUCAAACACAGCACACACAGAGCUCAGGCUGUCUGAAGACAACAGGGAGGUGACACGUGGUGACGAGGAUCAGCCAUAUCCUGAUCAUCCAGACAGAUUUGAAUACUGGGCUCAGCUGCUGUGUAGAGAUGGUCUGACUGGUCGCGGUUACUGGGAGGUCGAGUGGAUAGGAUGGGUUGAUAUCUCAGUGGUUUACAGAGGAAUCAGCAGGAAAGGAAUCCUCACUGACUGUGCGUUUGGAUGGAAUGAUCAUUCCUGGAGUCUGAUCUGUUCUCAUAAAGGUUACUCGGUCCUUCACAAUCACAGAGAGACAGACCUCCCUCUCUCCUUGUACUCUGACUCUGACAGAGUAGCAGUGUAUGUGGACUGUCCUGCUGGCACUCUGUCCUUCUACAGAGUCUCCUCUGACUCUCUGAUCCACCUCCACACCUUCAGGACCACCUUCACUGAACCUCUGUAUCCUGGGUUUAGGUUUGGGGUUGGUUCCUCAGUGCGUCUGUGUUCUGUGUAGGACGGAGAGUCUCCUCCUCUCUACACAAACACAAACUGAGUAUUUGACUGUUUCUGUCACAUCAGCAUGAACGUCUGUUAUCAAAGAGCAUGACUCCACGGAAAACUUUAAAUAGACAUAAAAUAAUGAAACAUGGCAGAGUUCAUUUUUGUAAUUCAUUAUCCAUUUAUAAUUUUUAAUACAAGGACAGCAAACACCUAACUUAUGUUGGGAUUUUUUAAUCAUGUUUCUCCAUAAUGAAGGUUUUGCAGACAUUAGCUGAGCGUAGGAAUGACUUGUACCUACAGUAUACCUACAGGAUGAGAGCCCACAGCUCAGCUCUGUACAGCACAGAGUGGAGAUGUGGCAGCUCAUCUCAGUCAUAAUCAGGUGCAAAACUGAAUUCGACCUCUAGAUGGAGCAGAUAGUGGGGCAAAUGAUGUGUGAUUCUUUGUGUUCACGUACUGCCACCUAGAGGCUGAUUUGAAGAACUACCUGUGACUAGGAAGUUUAAGAGUGAACUCACCUUACUGUGUUGUUAAGAGGCUGUCUGUGUCCACUACUUUAUUAGAUAAGUGCAGUCCAUAGACAUUACAUCAGAGAAAGGAAAGGUCAUAUCUUAUUGUUUAACCCCGCCCCCUAUCACCCAGGUUAACAGGAAGUACUCAAUACUUGAAGUUUUGUAAUCUAAUAAUAGAAUAAAUGAAGAGACUCUCUCUGCAUCCUGACCUGAGAUCAUCAGGUAGACUUUAGUGUUUUAAUAACCUUCACCUCUGAUAUUGUGAUAGUGAUACCUGUCAGCACUCUCACUGUCAUAACACUCACGCAGCUCUGAACUCUCCUUAGAAACAUUAAAGAGGAAGCUACGUUAUAGCAUGUCACAACCUGCCUUAUCAAGAGAGAACAGGUUCUCUGAGCAGCUCCUUCAGCAGCAGACUGAGACACCCACCCUGCAAGAAGGAGCGCCACCACAGGUCAAUCAUCCUGUCUGCAGUCAGACUGUUGAACAGCAGCACUGAAUCCUAACUCAUUCAGAAGUAGCUGUGCAGAGACUCUAAACAUCUCUUAUCACUGUGUGUUUUUAGCAACAUGGUGCAGUUUUCCCUGUGCAAUAACUAGCAAGUAGAAAGUGUUAAUAUCUAUUAGAUUUCAUUUUAUAUUGUUCUCAUUGUUUCACCUUUAAUUGUUCUAUUUUAACUUGUAAGUAAAUUGUCGUGCUCUCCUGUCUCUUGUUGAAAACUGCUGGAACAAAACAAAUGUCCCCAAUGAGGGAUCAAUAAAGUCUAUCUUAUCUAAUCUUAAACCACUUGAAUGAGGGAUGGAUACAAACUUUAACCAGUGCAGAAUUAUGUUCAACUCAUAAAUAAAUCCAAACUUGUUUUUAAAAAGGGUUGGUGCUCUUAGAAACAUUCCAGCAACAGAUGA